AUGUUAAUCAAAGGAAUCCAGAAAUUCAUAAAACCGAACUUAAAAUUCUUAUUUGUAUCAACUUUGAUGUCUUCAUUCAGUAAAAUGGUAGCGGAGACUUCUGGUGGCGUAGUCGAUCCGAACCCCACGGAGGAACAGCGUGGGAAGACGUUUUAUUGGGACGACGAGUCCUUCCAAUUUGUGUUUCAGCAUUACUCCUCUGUAGUGAAUCGGAUAUCUCAGCAUUUAGAUAUUGCGGCAUUCAUCGGAGACAAAUUGUCGAAUUACACAUUAGACGAAUACAUCGCGAUUAUCAUCGAAUUAUUUUCACUUAACGAUCGGAUUCUCCCAUUCAUCAAAUAUCUCAUUGGAAGGGAGUUCGAAGAAGCACACUCGAAGGAAGAGCUCUUUCGACAGAACAACCUUUGCACUCGACUUCUGACGGCCUUUGCCCGAUCCGCGUCCAAAAAGUUCUUAAAUAACACACUCAAAAACACAAUAUUAAAAAUAGUCACAACUCAACAAUCAUAUGAAAUCGACGAAACCAAAAUACAACCGGGUCAACUGCUUGGGAGUAAUUUAGUAGCACUGAAGAACAUCUGCAAAGAGUUAAUAGAAUCCAUUGUAUCUGCUCGCACUGAUGUUCCCAAAGAGAUUCGGACGAUCUGCAAUUGUCUUUGGUUGAGUUGUGAGAAGCACUUUUCCGACGACCGCGAGCUUCCCACGAAAAUAGUAGGAGGUUUUCUCUUUCUUCGUAUUUUUUGUCCAGCGAUUGCCUCUCCGGAGAACUUUGGGCUGUUAGGAGUUGAAGCGAAGGUGACGCCGAAGAGUCGGCGGAACUUAUUAUUAGUGACGAAAGUGUUGCAGAACAUAGCGAAUCAAGUGACUUCCACAAAGGAGAAGUUCUUAGAGAAGACGUUGAGUUUCUCGAUAGAUUAUCACCCGAUUAUUAAAGAGAGUAACAUGUUCAUAUCGACGCAGACGAUAGUGAUGACGGAGAGUGUUGAAGAGUCAAUGAAAUAUAUCAACGUUGAGCAUAUUAAGAUCUCUAAAUUGUUUUCGUUCCACCAGAUACUGUACUUCUUAAAUGCGCAACUUUCAAAUGGAAACAUCAGCGCGACGACUGCGCAGAAGAACGCAAUAGAAGAGGUCUUUGACAUCAUUGGAGUUCCCCCAUUUUUAGUUGCGAAAAAGACGAAGAAAAGUGAACGCGAGAUGAGCGACGUGGAACUUGUCAGGUGCUUGGAGAGAGACAAAAUCUUCUAUAGAGGCGACUCUUUGGCGAACCAGCAGUUAGUCUUCUAUGUGAUCAUCAACAACUUUGUCCACUACCUUUCGGAGUUAAAUAAGAAUCCGCAGCGCCACGAUAAUUUGGACUUCAUUGAUAUCAUCACGUUAGUCUUAACGAACGGGGCGGACCAAUUGCCGUACAAUUUAGUGUUGGACUUCUCGUGGUUUAGUGCGGAGGAGGUUCCACAGAACAUUAUAAUCGACCUUGUGAGUUCUUUGAUUCAAAUUCAAGGCUCCAUGAGAGAUAAUUUUGUCCAUGGGUAUAUCAUUCACCCAGAAAAGAACGUGAAGAAACUUUUAGAGGGAAUGGCCCUCAAUUAUGGGACGUAUGGACUUCUAAGUGGAUGGCAAAAGUUGUUUGAUAUUAUCGACGACUGGCAAAGUCUGUCGAAAGUGUUUGGGGAGACGGAGGUGAUGAUCCCGGAAGGGUCAAAAGGGUUUGUGAAGAGGGAAUUCCACGCGUGGAAGGUCAAUCCGAAAUUCAAAGCACAAGACCGGAUCGUCCUUUUGACGUUUGAGUCCCUGUUAAAUAUCGAGCCCACGUCACAUAAUAUCAUGAACGAAAUAUUAAUCAACGAAAUGCGCCAGAUUGAUGCGUAUGAAAAGGUCCCACACGUCGUAUUUAGGUUCAAUGGAGUGAUGGACAGAGAGAGGAAGAAUAAAGUCGAGAAGAAGGAAAGAACCUACAUUUUACCCGACAUGCUUGCCCGGGAAACGUUACUCACACAAAUCUUUGCGGUCUGCUUUUAUAGAGAAGUCCUCAAGAAGACGAAAUUGGUGUAUGAAACACUCAAAAAGAAUCUUAAAAAAAGCUCUGCGAAGAUCCACGUGUGUUAUGACAGAGUUAUUGUUGUAAAGAAAAACAUUUUGGUUGUCGAUAUUGUCUACGCGUCACUGAAUAAAAUCUUCAUCACUGAUGUGCCGAAAAGUAGUGACGCGAAGUUCAUCAAUUUUGUCUUUAAAAAUCUGAAGAACGGAGGGAUUGAAACAGCAGAAAAGAAACUCAUUAUUGCGAAGGAGGAUAUUAAAGUCAGAGAUCUAAUUAUGGAAAUGACGACGGGGAAUUUCUCGAAAACGUGUGUUGCUAUUUAA